AAUGAUUUGUCUGUCUGUGUCCCCGGCUUGCUGCCCGGGACAGGAAGUUGGCAGAUGUGCUGGGGCUGGCCUUAGAGCUGCUGCAUGCCCUGCAGUGCUGUUGCAAGCUCAUUUUGAAGGGAGCUCCACAACAGAGACCCAUCCCACUGUUCGACCAAAGGAUGAAAUGGCCCAGAACCAGCUAUGUGCUUUUGGAGAGUAUGUGGCUGAAAUUCUGCCCAAGUAUAUCCAGCAAGUCCAGGUGACCUGUUUCAAUGAAUUGGAGAUAUUUAUCCCUCCUGAUGGGGUUGUUCCAAUUCUGACUUUACUUCACGAUCACACCAAUGCCCAAUUUAAAUCCCUGGCUGAUUUGACUGCUAUUGAUGUCCCAACUCGACAAUAUCGUUUUGAGAUUGUUUAUAAUCUCCUGUCUCUGCGCUUCAAUUCUCUGAUCCGUGUGAAGACGUACACAGAUGAGGUGACACCUGUUGAUUCAGCAGUAUCUGCGCACCAGGCAGCAAACUGGUAUGAAGAAAGAGAGGUUUGGGACAUGUAUGGAGUCUUCUUUGCCAACCACCCUGACCUGAGGCGAAUCCUAAUAGACUCUGGGUUUCAGGGCCACCCAUUUCGGAAGGACUUUCCACUCUCCCGAUAUGUAGAGGUGUGGUAUGAUGAUGAGGUGAAAUGGGUGGUGGCAGAGCCUGUGGAGCUGGUUCAGAAGUUCCGCAAAUUCGAUCUGAAUAGUCCCUGGGAGACAUUUCCUGCCUAUCGCAUAGCUCCAGAGACCCUGAAACUAGAAGCAGGAGACAAGAAAGGAGAUGCAAAAUAGCAGCAGGA